AUGUUGCAAGGCCUGACAAUCGAAAAACGUGACGGCUUAAGUGGCAAGUCCUUUUGGUGGUACUGGAAGAACUCCGCUAGUUCAACCCUCAUGCCCUGGCUCUGGACGAAGCCAGACAACACUGGAAACCAAGAAUACGUCAGACAGAAUCCAGUCGACCCGUUUUUCAUCGAUGACAGCGAGUCGAGGGGAGUUCUCGUUCACAUUAAGCUUUGCACGCCAUCACAAAACAGCGACAAUGUCCUUGAGCUCCCUGAGAAUGCAGAAUACAUGUCCCAAGUGACUCAAGAAGUCCGCACCUAUCAGGAGGGCGGCUUGCCAACGAAGGGGAGAAUAACCGAAAUAGAGUCUACGGCGGAUCUCGUCAUCGCAACAGAAAGCUUUGAGACAGGAGUUAAGCCCCACGGCGAGUUCCGGAUCGUGACUGCCGUUCAGCAAACACAUUGCCCAUUGUGCCUGCCGGUGCUCCUGGGGUGCUGUGAUCCCCGCAAGUCCUCCUUCCUCCCUGCCAAGUGCGUGUUGGUGGCCAGAUAG